CUUUCCCAGAGAACUCGUUUUCAUUUAAACUACUAAACCAAGUGGUUUCAAACACCACUAGUUCAAUUCGUAUGAAAGCUUGUGACUUAAUAUUGCAACACACGCAUAGACAGACACCUUUAGAAGUGACAUUGCACAUGACACAAGUUGACACACCGUUUCGAACCGCCACCUAGUGGCCAAACCGCGAACUCCAUGCUGUUAUUCUGAGGAACAAACGUCAAGCGGAACUCACUAGCGCGCGAAUGUUUCUCUUGCUUUAAGCGGAACGUGAGCGCUGACGGACCCGGAAGUCAUCAUGCCGGUCUAUUCGGAUGGAAGGAGGAGGUUUGACCGAUAUGUGCCUGAAUGUUAAACUAUGUGAUUCUUUAAAUCUGAACUCCUGAACAUCCCAAAUGAAGGAGGUUUACUCCAAGCAUCACAACAAGACAUGUUUUAAUUAGACAUGGCGAUGGCCAGAAGGUUACUCUUAAAAAUUAAUCACACUGGUUGCAUCACGUCUACGGUUAUACCUGCAGUUACUCGACUGGACCCACAGCUCUACUCUGCUCAUGUGCCAAGAUGGAUCCAUUGCAGUUCAGCGUUUUGCAAGAGCAAACCAGACAGUACAAAUCUUGAGGAAAUAAUCGAGCAUGAGACUGAGAAAAAGACGAAAUCUUUGGUCACACAUGAUGAGCUGUUUGAGCGAGCAGCCAGAGAUGCGAAGAGCAAAGCCAAUUUCAACCGAGUGGUGGACACCUUCAACAAGAAAGACAUCCGCAGGCGCGGGCACGUGGAGUUUGUUUACGCUGCCCUGAAGAAAAUGCCUGAAUUCGGAGUGGAGAGAGACAUCACAGUCUAUAACAAGCUCCUGGAUGUUUUCCCCAAAGAGGUGUUUGUGCCACGGAACUUUAUUCAGAGGAUGUUCAAUCACUACCCCAGGCAACAGGAGUGUGGCGUACAGGUGCUGGAGCAGAUGGAAGGUUACGGAAUUAUGCCUAACAUGGAAACAAAAGUCCUCCUGGUUCAGAUCUUUGGAGAGAAGAGCCACCCGAUGAGGAAGUACCAGCGCAUCAUGUACUGGUUUCCCAAAUUCAAGAACCUGAAUCCAUUCCCAGUGCCUCUUGAGCUCCCACAAGACCCAGUGGACCUUUCUCGCUUCAGCCUCACACGCAUUGCUAAUGACCUGGAUGCUAAAAUUACAGUGUAUCAGCUUCCCUCGACACAUAUCACAGAGACAGGAGAGGAGAUCUUACACCCACAUAUCGUUGGCAUCCAGAGUCCAGAGCAGCGCAUUCUGCUGGCCAAGCACAACCCAAACAAACCUGUGUUUGUGGAAGGCCCCUUUCCUCUGUGGCUCAGAAAGACCUGUGUACAUUAUUACCUGCUCAGAGCUGACCCGAUCCCUCCUGAGGAGCAGAUAGAGGAGGAGCUCGAUCCCGAGUUAGUUGGUCCAGAGCAGAGCUUUUUCUUUCCUCAGUAUAUUGAACUUGAUCUUAGGAAAGAUCUGGGAGACGAUGACAGCUUUGAUGUGGAUGAUGUGGUGGAAGGAGCGGUCUAUGCCAUGUGCAUGACAGGACAGGGUGAUCAGGCUACGCUAGCACAGUGGAUCAAUGGACUGCAGGAGGACAACCCAGUCUUAGGACAGGUUCCCACUGUGUUUCGCCUGGAUUCUGGAUUCAGGGAAUUGCAGAAGGUCGAAGAUGUUCGCUAUGAUUCUGAACAACAUCCAGGAGCUGAAGAAGAGCACAUCAUACAAGAUGAAGUUUUGCACUCACAGGGUAUGAAGCAGUGAUGGCAGCAGUCGAGUGUGUGUCAAGGCCUAGACAAAGGCCUUGGGUCCUGGUUUGUUCUUUGAGCAACUGAAUGGUGAUAACCUUAUUUGUUAAAUAAGCAAAGAUAAUUUGGCUACAACAAUAUGCUUCAUGUAAGCUGUCAGUUCAGAUAAGACUAUAAUUUCUUUUUUGAAUUUGCAUGGAGGUGUGCAGAUUUGACCAAGAUGGACUAUGUUUAAAAGUAUAAUAUAUAGAACUGCAACUGGUGUUAAGAUAAUUUCAAGAGAAGGGUAUCUCCUUUAUACAUCACUAUUCUGUUUCUGCAUGGCCUUUGGUGGAAACAUCAGCAACAAGAUUCUGAAGAAGAUCAAACAAUAAUGAACAGGACAUUUCAGAGGAAUUUAUAAGUAAAUUCUGCAAAUCUAAGAAUAGUGUUUAAUCUCAUUUUCAUCUCAUGUAAAAAGAAAUGAAAGUAAAAUGUGCUGUAUUAGAUUUGACUAAAUAUGAUUAACAACAGAUGGGAGCCAGAGAGAAUAUAAGCAGCAUUUCAAAGCUGUAUUACUGAAACUGGUUAUAAUAAAGCAGAUUACUGUUCCAGUACAUUUCUGAUGUAGAUUUCGGUUUAUGUUUUUAAAAAAGCUAAAUAAAGCAAAAGAGCUUUUGAG